AUGGAGCUGAAUGCUAUUGCAACUGCACUAAUUAUGAGUGCCUUGGGCUUUGAACCAGCAGAUCGAUGUACUAUAAAUCAAAAACUAACCUUAAUAAGAGCAAAAUAAUUUUACUUGUCUAGGGAGAGGGAGUUAUAUUUUUUUUAUUUUUAUAGUAAAUUUUUUUUGAAUUUAAACAAAUCCAAUUUGCAAAUUUAUGUUUUAGAGUACAAACUGCUUAAAUUCAACAGAAUUAGCUAAAGAUUUCAUUAUUAUAAUUAUGAUUUUUGUGUUCAAAAAUGCUUUGGUAGUCAUAGUGAUGUUUUCCCAAAAAUAAGGAUUUUCCAAUGGUAUUGCCUACUUACAGAGAGGAAGUAAGUCGCCUUUCUCCUUCAGGAGGCACUGCACUUAGAGAUUCUGUUGAAACGGGAUUAGGAUUAAUCCUCAGGCUGAAUGCAGAAUUAAACAAGCUUGGAACUGGAGAAGUAUGAAACUUCCUUCAUAUUGUCAUAACUGAUGGUGAGGACACCAGCUCAGAAACUUCAUUAGAAGAGCUCGGAGGGAUAUUUUACCUUGUAGGGCGAACGAUUCCAACGAGCCGCUGCAAGACAGCAUUUAUUGGUAUUGAGCUAAAUAAUAAAGAACUUGCAGAACUUGCUGUUUUGAGUGCUUUGGGAGGAGAUAAUUGUGAUCUUUACAACGCAAAUAAUGUGUCCUUAAAUGAAAUUUUCCAAAGAAUCAGUGUAAAUGUGGGGCUUCAAAGACAAGUUGGAAUAGUAGGCGUGCAAACUAAUAAUAUGAGUGCUUUAAUGUUUCAGCAAAGAAACUCUCCAGUUCUUCAAAUUAGAAGAAAUAGAUUUGCUGUCCUUCUUAACUUGGAUUUUAGUGGUUCAAUGGAAGGGAAAAAAUGGCAAGCAUUAAGAAAUAGCGUUGCAGCUUUCCUUACCCUUUCAUGAGCGUAGAACUAUUUGAUAUUCCUAUCCUGUGAGCGAUAUAAAAAAGAUUUUAGGAACAAUAUUUUUAUUUAUAAGUGAUAGCUAUUAUAAUGAAAUCUCUAGCUAAUCCUGUUGAAUUUUAAAAGCGUAAAUUUUACAAUUAAUUAAUUUUUUCUUUCCAGAUUUUGCAAAUUGGAGUUUUUAAAUUUAAAAAAAAAAACACUAAAAAAUAUUAGUCGUGAAUGAGCAAAUUUUUUGCUCGCUAACGGAAGAGAGAGUUAGAAAUUUACAAGAUGGCGAUUUAGUUUCAUGCGUACUAUUUAAUGGCCAAGUGCAUAAUAUCGGGAAAUUCGGCUAA